AUGGCUAAAAAAAAGACUGAAAAGCAAAAGGAUUUCCAAAAAGCAAAGCUCAGAGUCGGCAAGACCGCUGCUAAACCCUCCAACUACACAGACACAUCGUUCAAGGCAAAAAUCAUCUCACUACCGUCUCAGUCAUUGCUACGACAAUCACAAUCAGUGGACGAUGAUAUACACCGUUAUGUGUCGCUACUGAAGCAUCACUCUUCCACCACACGGAAAGAGGCCCUCAUCCAUCUACAGACCCAUCUUCCAUCCAAUCCCUCGAUAUACAAGGACCUGGUUUCUGGAAUAACCCCGUUGAUUUUGGAUCAAUCCAAGUCCGUUCGUGAAGCUUUACAAAGUCUUUUGAAGGCAAUAUGUCAAUCCCAAAGGGGAAUCAUGGAGCUUCAUCUGGGGUCCAUCUUACUCUUUGUUCACUCAGCAAUGACCCACAUUUCGCCUGAAAUACGAAGAGACAGUACCAAAUUCUUACAAGUUCUUCUUGAAAACUCAUCUGAUGCUCUUGUUAGAGCUGAUUUUGUCAAGAGUCUUAAGUGCUUCUGCCAGCUGCUCAACUGGGCGCUGCUAGACACCAAGAAGUCGAUAUCACUGGCCAUCACUACAGCGUCAACUGGUGGGAUCCGGUCCAAAUUAGAUGAUUCUUCUCGGGCUUCUCAUCUCAAAGUUUUGGCGAAUUUUCUUCACUUUGGCCUUCUUCGCGAGACAGUUACGGGCGACGCCGAUGAGGCUGCGGCUACCUUUCAUCCACUCAUGUCCAGGUAUAUGAUACCCUCGGUUUCGCAGCCUUAUUCCCACCUAAAACUGUUUGAGAGGGACUCAAGUGUGCUGACAAAUGUCAAGAUAGUCUCUGUUGUCGAUAAUACCGACAAAACCUCUCUGAAUUUGGAGGGUAUCACCACAGAGGAUGUCGGUACAAGGCGCAAGGUGUUUUCCGAGAUAUUCGCUCCCAUAAUGAAAAAAGAGCUGGCCAAUUGUUUGAAAGAAGGCGGUGCGGUUGGCAAAGAGGCAAAAAUGAUAAACGAUAUUUUACAGCAAGUCCAAGCGAAGCAGGAGGAAGAAUAA